CUAACCUUUCCUUCCUUCUCUAGAAACACCACCAAAUUCAAAAUUUGAAAUUGUUUAGAGAAAGAAAGAGAUACAUAUAUACAUAUAUAGAGAGAAAGUAAUAUGGCAACGGCAUCACCAAACGACAUGAAGAGUUUCUACAGGCAAAAGAAGACCAACAAAACUGGCAUUACUAAAUCCUCUUCUAAAUCCAAGAAGAAAUCGCCACCUAAACAUGCCGCUGCUAUUGGCUCUAAUAUUACACAGCCAACUGCCUUGAUUUCUCAUGGCGGUGCGCUUGAUCUUCAAGAUGAUUAUGACAAAAACGAAGAAGUGUUGAGGCAAUUUGACAUGAACAUGGCAUAUGGGCCAUGCCUUGGGAUGACACGGGUGGGGCGAUGGGAGCGCGCUCAACGUUUAGGUCUGAACCCACCCAAACAAAUCGAGGAUCUGUUGAAGGGUGGAAAAGUGAACUCAGAAUGCCUUUGGGAUGGCCGUGUUUGAAAGUAUAUGCUUGGUGAAUUAUAAAUCUAGUGUAUCAAGUAGUGAUGUGCUUAUUAUUGUGUAAUGUUCAGCCUCUGGCUGUGCUGUUAGUAUGCUUUAUAUUUCCUGAUGACCAUUUUAAUCUUAAAGGAGUUGUUUUCCUGAUGACCAUUUUGAUCUUGUAAUAUCUGUGCGGUCUUUAUGUCAAUUAUGAAUUUCCAACACAUUAGCUUCUA